GAUGUCAACACGUGACUUGAUGAAAUACCAUUACAACAUGUAAUGCCGAGAUUAACACAUAAGUAGUGACUUCUUUCCCGUCAGGUAGAUUACCUCUCUACAUAGCGGUGUGGACUCUUUAACGGAUAAUCUGUUAAUACAGAGUUUGGUGUUGAAGAGAGAACACGUGUAACUAUAAAGGUUAAACGGCCAGGCAAACAACACAGUGCCUAGUAAGGAAAACAUGGCGCAACCUGAAUCACCAUCACAGGCCAGUGCGACCACCGCUGAUUCUAAGCUUCAAUCCGGAGACGGCGACACCUUGGUCACUCAAUGGAAACAGCGACGAACGUCCAUCAUGUCCAAGGCAUCGUCGGGGGUUCAGAUAGAUGAAUCUAAACCAGUUGUUUCCAAUCGCAGACGGUCCACUUUCAAAGGGAUUGCAUCAUCAAUAACCUCCCUGCUGCAGGUACGGAGAGCAACAAAAGGACGAUUGAGCAUCCCCGGAUUAGACGAGCUCAAAUUCCCUAAAGAAAAAAUGGAAAACACGUAUAAAAUGCAGCCUGAUCAAGGUCAAAUUUUCAAGACAAAUGAUAUUAAAUCCAUAGCUCAAGAAGUGAUGGAGCAGACAUUACAUAGUGUAAAGUAUAAUUCAAGCAUUUGCAACAGAUUGGUAUGUGACAUUUCUCAGACGAUAAAGAACAGAGUAAGAGGGCUCAACAUGGCGCGAUAUAGAGUCGUCGUUUACGUUUUCAUUGGACAGUGCAACGGCCAGAGUACUAUGCAGAUGGCCAGUCGGUGUGUCUGGGACGCCUCUACUGACAACUUCUGUACCACCACAUACACGAACGAUUCACUAGUGGCUGUGGCUUCUGUGUACGGUGUAUACUACGAGUGAAGGUAUAUCUACCGGAAAGUAAACCGUCAUGAAUGGUUUGCCGACCGUAACAUACAUCUGAAUGUACCAAGGACGCUAGUUAAUAAAACAAUAAAGAAAUAAACAAUGUUAUGGUACUGGUAACAUGCAGUUUUGAAGUAAUUUAAUUUGACGGGCCACAAAAUCCAAACUGACAUUGCAUUUACACACGGGAAAGUCUCGGUGGAAACAAUGUACCUUAUUCUUGGUUUUCUUAACCGUUGUAGUAAUUUCUUUAAACCGUCGGGGAAACGUAAACAGUGAUAUAGAUUCAGUUAGUUGGACAGCUGGGAUAAGAGAAUAUCGACUGAAACCUCUACUGGAGCGCCGAAUAUAGCUGGCGACACACAGAAUCGUUUUUAUAAAUUUGUGGAAUAUGUCCCGAGAGACAAUGUCGGCUGCUGUAUUCGUCAAUAAAUGCUCCUAUUACGCGGUCUAGUAUUUUUUCUUAAGCUUUACAGGCAAUUCACGUUCUAUCGGAGCUAUUAAGUAUAGACUUGGUUUAUCCUUAUUUGUCGGUAAGUGUGAGCUAUUUUAAUCUUCAACUAGAUUUCCUCGGGGAGUUGCAGGACAGUACCUGACAACGACGAAAGACUAAUCUUUUAGCACAAAAAUAAGGUAUUCAUAUUUCGACGAAUUAUGCUGACAACAUGAAUCUCAGUUUUGUUCUCAAAAUUGUGUUAUAAAUAUUGUUGUUAAUAUAUGAAACAUGCUAUAGAAGACUAUACCAAGAUAGUGUUUAGAUUUAAGAAACGAACAUUGACCGUUAUUAAUCGGUUAUUUUAUAGGACAUUUACGUACGUCUUAAACGAUGGAGAAACAUGGUGGACUUUGCUAUACGAGUGAUAAAGAAGAAAUUGUAAAUUAGCUCCAAAGGUUCAAUGGAGGAUGGGAACGCUCUGCUUUCGAACAUCUGUUCUUUUUAUGUAUUUGAGUUACUUAAUUAUCUGUUUUCAGAUCGCCAUCAUGUAAUGUUUCUGAUUUUUGGAUAAUUCAUUCAUUUAUUGGAAAAAUUCCUUGUCCCGUACAUAAUGUAUGUUUGUUUUGCAUUAAAACAUAUUUAGAUACAGCUAUAUGCUUCACAACUAUAAUUGUAUUUGACCAUAUGUGAUAUUAUAUCACUUUAUAGAAAGGAUGGAAGAACAUCAUAUUUACAUAAUUUACUUCAUGUAUUUACAAUACACCAUUAUCUAUGUUAGAAAGAGAAGCCCGAAGUGUUUAUACUUACAUUCAUGUAGGACUGUGUUCAUACCAUCCUAUCUAGUUACUCACUAAAUAAAAUAAUUUUGACUUGUAAUAUUGAGAGAGCACUCCAUAUAGUAAUUAAUAUACAAAAAAUAUGUAUACUGUGGCAAUCAGAUGAGAGAAUGGAUGUGGGAGUUUAUAAUUUACUUCUACAAAAGUACUGGAUAGAUUUUAUAUUUGAUAGAAAGAAUCCUUUUCAAAAGAAUAUUUUCUCUCAUUUCCCUGUGUGUAAGAUAGAGCUG